UCCGUCGACUGAUGAACAUGGUCUCUUAUACGUCGAACAGCGUGAGUGUCGUGCUUGCGAUGUGUCGUUACGCUCUCUUCUUCGUGGUAACAAUUGUGGCUCUCAGCAGGGCCGACAAUGCUGAAAGCGGUCUAAAGGUGGAGAAGCUGUACAUGCCCGAAGUAUGCGACGUCAAAUCGAAGAAGGGCGACCAGCUGACCAUGCACUAUACCGGCACGCUCCAGGACGGCAGCAAAUUCGACUCAAGUUUGGAUAGAGAUCAACCAUUUACUUUCCAGCUUGGUGUUGGACAAGUUAUUAAAGGCUGGGAUCAAGGUCUUCUGGAUAUGUGCGUAGGCGAAAAGAGGAAAUUGAUGAUACCACCUGAGCUUGGAUACGGCGAAAAGGGAGCUGGAAAUGUUAUUCCUGGUGGUGCUACUCUUAAUUUCGAAGUUGAACUCAUGAAUAUUAGCGAUUCGCCCCCAACUGCUAACGUCUUUAAGGAAAUUGAUGCCGACAAAGACAACCAACUGUCCCGCGAGGAGGUGAGCGAUUAUCUCCGAAAACAAGUGAUAGAAGCCGAGCAAGCGGGCGCUAAUGAAAAUGAAGACGUAAAGAAAAUGCUGGCUGAUCAUGAUAAGCUCGUUGAAGAGAUCUUCCAGCAUGAGGAUAAGGACAAAAACGGCUUCAUCUCCCACGACGAGUUCAGUGGGCCGAAGCAUGAUGAGCUCUGAAGUCUUCG